UGAACACACACACACCAAACCCAAACACCGAGACAUCUCCACCCGAAGAGGAUGACGGUGGACAAUUCGCAGUUCGCGCCCAGCGACGUCAUCGUCCUCCAGGCGGCGACGGCGGCGGUGGACACGGCCCGGGCGUUGGCGGCGAGCCCUCUCGAUAGCGGCAAGCGAGCAGGGAGACGACGCUCGGAUCUCGCCAUGUCGAGCGACAACAAGCAGCGGCAGCACGAACAGCAGAAGCAGCCGGCGCCGACUCAGCCACGGCGGCAGGCGCUGCCGGGCGGCAACAACGAAGAGUUCAAGGGCGGCAGAGUAGGAGGAAAAGAAAACCCCACCAACCCAGCUGCUGCUCCUACCGCUGCAGUUGAGGACAACGACGACGUCGCGGAGGAGGAGGAGGAGGAUACCGCCGUGGCGCCUGCCGCGAAGCAAGCCCCCACACGGGCAGAGGCGGCGGUGGAGCAGGCGAUCAACAACAUUCCGGCCGCCCCCGCUGCCGCCUCGGCUCCCAAGUGGGUCCGCGUCGGCGAGAAGGUGUGCUUUUCGACCAUCGUGGCCGCCGUGCUCAUCCCGUCCUCUCACGACCUCACCGUCGCCACCAAGCGCGAGCUCUGGUGGCAGCCAACGGACUACGCUGAAUUCCGCGUGAACUACGCCACGCACAUGCACAACCCGUCCAUCGAGCUCGAGGAACAAGAGAGGCAGGAAACGAUGGGCCCCGCGCCGGUGGUCCCCACCACCGCCAACGCCGACACUCCCGCUUCUACCGCUACCGUGGAAGGAGUCCUUGUCGUGGCUGCUUCUCCCGCCCCUGCUCCACUAGCGGCCCGCCCCGUCAACCCUCUCGAGGCGACGGCUGGCGCCAGCGGACGGCGGCACGGGAACGGCGGCGGUGGCAACCAUAAGGUCGGCAUCGACGCCGGCGGCGGAGCGGCUGCCCCCAGCCAGGAGCGUGUGUCGAAGUCGUACCGCCAAGAGAGGAACCAGCGUCCUUGGUCUUCGGCUGGCCCCAACCGUUUGCACCAGCACCAGCACAAGACCCCACCGGCCGGGCCUCGCCGCGUAAGCGGGCCAGCGGGCUUCCCGCAGCAGCAGCAGCAGCAGCAGCAGGUUUCUCCGCACCACGCCUCUCACAUGCGCCGGCAGUACCACAACGUUCACCCCCAGCAGCAGCCGGUGGUGAUGAUGGGCGGACACCCCGGGUAUGGAAACGUUCAUGCCGCCGCCGCCGGCCUUGGACGCCGCGACGCCCGCCACGACCGCUACCUUGCCCCGCGCGGGGUCAACAUGAACCACGCCCACCAUCACCACAACGGCGCUGCCGCCGCCACCCGCCACGGGCAGCAGCAGCAAUUCUUCGUCAACGGCAACCCCUCCGGCGUGAACUGCCCGCCGCAGCAGCAGCAGCAGCGGAUGAGCCGCCCCGCCUUCCGCGGAGUCAACGCCAACGGCCCCGUGGUGCAGGCGUUCUUGCCACACCAGGCGCCGGGAGGGGUUCGGGGCGGCGUGGUUUUGGCUCCCGCCACCACCGGCUUCCCGUCGCGCGGAGGGAUGGGUUCUCCCCCUCACUCCGCCGUAGCAGGCGGCGUGGUUGGAAACGGCAACCCCUCGUCGCAGUUCAGUAUGUGGCGCAGCCAGCUCGUGUUCGCCCCCGCCAUGCAGAUGCAAUGAAGAGAAGUGAACCGGGAAAGUGAGUGAUGGUGGUCUGGUGGGCGGUGACCACGACGCGCAACUCUCUUGGUGAUGGAUGUGUUUUGAACGGCGCGUUCUGUGGUGUGGCGUGAUUGUUGUGUGUGUGGCGUUGUCCCCUGCUAGAAAUAAUAGGGUGGACUUGGUCCGCGCGCUCGAUGAUGAUGCCACCCCGACACGCGUGCCGUAGUCGGGGUUUUUGUACAUGGCGAAGAAGGUGAAUGAAUCCCGGGAGGAGGGACUGCGUGUUGUUCAUUCCGGCUAUUAAAAAAAUCAGGAAAUCGUGUGCGGAGGGGUGGAGGAAGAAACAACGGCACAUGGAUUGUGGUGGUGCGUCCAUUUUUUUCUGUCAUGUGUGUGGUUUCCGGCUAGGUUGGCUGUUUCGUAACUGAGCAGGAAGAAAAUGCUGCUGUGUUGUUCUGGUUCUUAUUUCCGGCGUGUGUGUUUUCUCGGAGGGGUUUACGGAAUCCGGCAUCGACACCGUUGAGAAAGGUCGACGACAUUGUUUCCUGCGUCUUUUUUGACCCCUGUGUUCAGAUUUUUUUGUUUUUUACCUGUGUGUGAGUCUUCUUGGUUCUCUCGGUUGCUCCCAAUUAUUUUUUUUGCUUUUUCGGCGACUAGUUUUUUUGAAUGUACAUGAUAGAUGUCGCCGUCUAGUUCCUUCUUGAGGAUCAGUCGCGCGAACGCUGCUGUUGUGUUCCCGUGUUCUUUGUUGUAUGGAUACCCGGGUCUCUGUUGCUGUGGUGGUCUUUCUUCCUCCAUCCCCCGCGGCCUCAACCCCCGCGCUCCCCUCUCUCGACUCGUCCCUUUUGGGGGUGGACUGCGAGUUGGUUGCCCUUUGGCAUACGGUGAUAUGCCGUGCGGCGUGUGUGGAAAAUUGUGCUGGUGCAGGGGAAGAGAAGACAAAAGGAGAAAAACUCAUCAUGAAUUAGAUUUGCAAGGAGCAAAAUUUACCCUUUACGCCCCUGUAGAGACCGUGGUGCUUCUGGUGAUGCGGCGGUGUGGCGUCACUUUGAAAGAAGUCAGUCGGGGGCACCAGGGAUGGGGGAUAAUUAGCUUCCUGAACAUAAUGAUUGUGUUGGCGCGCGGGGGGGGGGGGGGGGUUGUCAUAGAACGAAACAAGAGACGUGCUUGGCGCAACCUAGACGCGGCAUGCAUUCCACAUGUUUGCAAUUUGUGUUGGUUUUGUUCUGGUUCGUUUUAGUGUUUUGGUGCCUGUCUGUCUGUCCUCUCUUUUGGCCUUUUUUUCGUAGUUGACCUACGUAAACUUUUCAUAAUAGUUUUGUUAUACCAGUACUGCCGUCGGAGUUGGAGUGUUUUUUACACACCUCAAAAGUGCUGCUAUGUUUGGCGUAGAUUUGACGUGUUUUUUUUUUAGUUGUUUCCUCUCGCGUCCUCAGGAGUGGAUUGAUUUGUCGACUGAAUAAAUGGUACCUGUCUCGCCCCCCGUCCCCAACCGGGCCCCUGCCUCCAACCGUUGGUUGCAGGCUAAGGAGAGGUGAACGAUGUCUUUUCGGGUUAGUGAUGUUUUAGUCGUAGGGGCGUUGUUAGCAAAAGUUGCCCUUUCUUUCCCCAGGCACGCGCUCCCUGUAUAGCAUAUCGCGUUGGUUCCCGUUUUGGGUGUGUGUAUUUUUUUGUGUCCUGAGUUGAGGAUUCACACGUGCGGCGAACGCGCUCGCGCUCCAGUUUUUUUUUUUUUGGCCAUUCGGCUGAGAGCGUGAGGGCGGUUGUCGUUUGGGUAAAAACUCGGAUAGACACGGUCGGUACAGGCAAAGCCUGACGUUCAUUCAAAUUCGACGGGAUGUCGAAGAAGUAGUAUUGGAAAUUGGGAAGGGGGAGCGGACUGCGUUUUCGCUCGGUCACCCUGUCUGGAGGCUUUAUUGCUGACGUCUUGGGCCGAUUUUUGUGAGCUGCUUUGUAUUGUUCUUGCGUCAUGUAGGGUGCCUUGAUUGCAGUCUUGUAUUUCUCGGAUCUGAAUGGUUCGUUUUGCGGUUUUGUUUCUCUCGCGCUUACACCACUGUAUUGAUACAGAGUUAGGCCAAUCAAUGGCUAAUUCGGUUGUUUGUUCAGUUCAGGUGUUUGUUGAAGCGGAAAGCAAAAGUUGUAGUGGCCCUCCUCCGCACAUGUAGGCGGCACCCUAAUCUCGUUUCUCGAGUGUCAACGAGUUUGGAAAAAGUGGAAAUUAUAGAUCAGUAGCGGUUAUAGGUGAAAAAGAUGAGUAACCAUAGGUAUCAUUGGUCGGGAAUGGAUGUGUUUGAAGUCACAAACCGAACUGUUGCAGGGACCGGCGCGAAAAGAGGGAAGGCAUGUAGGAUGGAGAAACGAGAAGAAGCAGGAGACGGGAAGAUUGGGUUGUGGGUGGCUCUUGCUUAAAACAUCAGCUACGAUUGGAAAUAAUAGGUGGUUGUGUGGUUUGUAAAGGGAGGUUUUUUAGAGUGUGACCGGCGACCUCUUGUUCAGCUCCGGCCGGGAUAAGCAAAUCGCCCACGUUGUUCAAGUACUGAAGCGGCACCAUUUAGCUACAUUCAACUCAUCUACCUGUGAGCCGACAACUCUGAUCGAGCUGGGUCGGUCUGGGUUGUGUCGUCCAGGUGCUGCUCCAGCCGCAGGCAUCGACUUUUGGUCUUUUCAUUCUGUACUGGUGUUUUGAAUGUGGUCGUUUUAUGUAAAGGGUGGACACUCUACCGAAGCACUCCAUCAUUGUUGAUUUCGUCGUGGUCGGGUGGUGAGGGGUAACGGGAAAAGGGGAUGUACAUCGUUUUUGGUGGUAUUCGGGCAAAACGACGUUGACCAUGUGAAAGUUUGAUCAAGCGUCGACGAAAGCUACUUAGCGGUUGGGCCUUAGUUAAGUUAAAAACACACAUAUACACAUGCCGCGGUAGGUAGGGCAGUUACGGCGGCGGCAGAUUGAACCUUAUGCGUAACAUUCGGAGCGAGGCAGAUGCGAGUGAAAGUAUUCUUGCAAGAAUUGGUCGAGAAAUGCCGAGAGGCACGCACGCAUGCUCCCCGGCGUAUCGUCUUUCUUUGACGCCCUUGAUGGUUCUGUUUGGUGUCACCGACCGCACUCAUUUUCGGUCAGCACUCGGAUGUUCACUCGCAAGGAUCGGGUGGUUUCCAGCAGAGUUGUAGUGGUGGAACCGACGGGCGGUCAACCUCCGGGCAUGUUGUCUUGUAUGUUCAUCGGGAGAUGCCGGGGGUGUGGGUGACUUUUGGCCGGCGAUCGCAAGUUUUUCUUCCUAUGCAUACUCUUGGAUGGGUUCUCUCAAUCCUGCAGAGAGAUUAUGUGAAAUUUGCAUCACCAUGUCUCCAUUUUUUCUUGUAUCACACGUUAGGGGGGAAGGCUGCCAUCGAGGGGUGGGGGGGGGAGGGGGGGGUUCUCACACGAAUCGCAGCGAGAGCUAGUGGCUUGUUGGGGGUAAUUGGCUCGCUUGACGCAAGUCCGGUGUGAGGAAAAAUGAAGACGUGUGGGGCGAGGAACAAGGCGGGUGGCCACAGGUAGUUGGUUGGCGACCUCCGGUCUUUAUCAUGCUCAAAAUGACAAGGUUAUCGUGUGCAACGAACGGUCGCUCGGGCUGCUGAGCUUAACGGCGCGUCAGAGUUGGGUGCCUUCCCUUCGUGGCCAGUGAAUAUUCGCGUCUUGAUGUUAUAUUCGUGUGGGACUACUUCUACGUUGAAUUGAAACGAGACGAGAGGCGCUGCCUCUCGGUUGAUUUUGGAGUGGAGUGUGUGGUGAAUUGGGGGCGGGGGACGGCGGGUAAUCCGUGUCGCGGUAGUACUGUAGUACAGUGUCGGCGUGACGUCUCUUGUUGGUCGUCGUUCGUUGGUGUUGUUGUACUCAUUAGGGUGUGUACCGAGUAGGUAGCCCAAGAUGUGUUUCUUGGAAUGGAAGAGCCCACUGCGUAAAAUACAAAUUAACAUGCAUGUAUUGUAACCGUCCGUGGAAGCUGAUAUUUGCAGGGUACACCUCGGUAAAAUUCCCGCCGUUUUUUUUCCGCCGUCGUGGGCGGCUGUGAUUACCGCCACAUUCGUUAUCGCGAACCGCCGAAAACUGAAGUACCGGGAACCGCCGAAAAAGAACCG